AUGAAACGCAUGCAAGAAGUUGCGGAUCUUGUAACGGACCUCUAUGAGACGCUCGCGGAGAUGCGCUACAUCGAACCAGCUGAUAUCAAACGAGGGCCGCACAAUAUCACACUACCCGGAGACACCAUGACCGGUAGCUUUAACCACAUUGAGCCUGCCAUCGUCUACCUCUAUUCCAUCCUACCAUACGUUGAGGAUAAGUUUAGCGGGCACAGGAACUUCUUUCGAGGGAGUUUCUUUCUCGAUCUCCGAAGAGACCGACACAUAAAACAGAGCCGAGACCCAUUUCAAGUGGUUCCGAAUACUGACUGCGAAUUCAAGACGAAAAAUGGGCCAUACAUGCCUUCCUGGGUCACUCCACUAUCUAUGAUAGGGACGCGUCCAAUCAGUAUCCUCUACAAUGCCCGCCAACACAGAAUUUGGAUCCUCAAUGUUGAAGAGCACCGCAGCGCCGACCUCGCACUGGAAGGAGUCGAGCCCUCGUCGGCCCGAGGCAUCAACAACAGGUGGGCGUUCGACCAACUGCCCAGCCGACCGGCGCCCGACGUCCUCAGGGACAUGAAGCAGUGGUUCCGUGAAUUCAAAGUCUUCCCCGAUAGCCUGAGGAGCAGCGGUGGUGAAGGAGAUUGUUUCGAAAACACGGAUGGCCGGACACCUUUGAUAGCAAGGCCUUCCAGGUGGAGCGGGUGAGGAAUAACUCGGCGAGGCUGGCGGCCUGGCACGCGGAGGCGCCCCUGAGGGUGCUGAAGAGGCUCGGGGAAGAUGAGAGGCGAGUAGCACGCUGGAGCGCUGAGCUGUGGCUUAAGAAUAAGUAUGCUCAUAUGAUAGGUGCCGAGAAAGAAUGGGACGGGCUCUUCUUGAUGUGGCUUGCGAUUAGCGAGGCCCCGUAUUUUGCAAAUGAGGUGGGCGAGGCAAUGAAGGUUGCAGAUCAAUAUUGCCCAUGGGGCAUCGGCUGCCAGAUGCCGGAAGACCUGCCGGUGUGGGAAAUGGAGACUGUCAGAUUCAUCGCGGAAGACUGGAGAGCGGAGGUUGAGCGCUUGGGAUUAUCUGCCCCGGUGGACGAGACGGCUCUCCAGGUCGCCCAGCUCAAGCUUGCGCAGUGCGAGGACGCUCUCGAGGCGUCCCGUGCCGCGACGAAGGAUCUACAGCCGAAAGGUCCCGUCAGGGCGCAGCUGGAGUACGCAAGGCGGAAACGGGACAUCGACUACCAUUCCGUGCUGCUACAAUUUAGGAAAAAGGAGUUUCCUUUCAUAGCUCGGAAUUGGUCCCUUCUCCCAGAUGUCCAGGCUCAGGCAGAGGAAGCCAUUGAGAGGAGACAGGCUGAUCUAGACUCGUAUUUGGAGAGCGAGUAUGGAGCGCCACCAAGCCAAGAGAGAGAGUAUACAUUCGGGGUGGACAUGGAUGUAUUCAUUUAUUGGGAGAUAGAGGACGAAUUCUCUUGGGAUAUGGAGGAUGA